AUGUCGAAGAAAGAAAAUAUUAAAGAGGAUGAGAAAGUUGAUCAUUUAAAGAUGGUGGAUCGUUAUGCAACACAUAAUGAUAAUGAGUCAGUUGAAAAUAUACUAGAUAGUAUUCCAACACCUCCAGAUGGUGGUUAUGGGUGGAUUAUUUGUUUUGUGGCAUUUCUUAGUAAUUUUGUUGUGGAUGGUAUCUGUUCAUCUAUGGGAAUUGUUAAAAAUGGAUUUAAAGAAAAGUAUUUAGUUAAUGAAACUGUUGGAAAUUUAAUUGGUUCACUUCUUAUUGGUUCAUAUCUUUUAGCGGGACCAUUUGUUGCGGGAUUGGUUGAUAAAUAUGGUGCAAGAAUGAUUGUUGUAACUGGAGCAUUUGUCUCAUUUAUGGCAUUUUUCUUUUCUACUUAUAUUAAUAUAUUUGAAUUGUUUCUAUUUAUAUUUUCAAUAAUUGGAGGAAUUGGUUUUGGUUUUAUAUAUCUUCCUUCUAUUGUUAUGGUAGGAUAUUGGUUUGAAUCAAAAAGAGCACUUGCUACAUCAUUAUCUGUUGCUGGAUCUGGUGUUGGUGGUAUAGCAUUACCUAUUCUUAUUAAUAAAGUUAAUGAUUAUGCUGGUUUAAAUGGUACUGUUAUAUUUCUUUCUGGAUUAAUUGCUUUACUUGUUGGUUUUGGUAUGUUAUAUCGUGAUCUUGGAUCUAAAAAAUAUGAUGAAAAUGAAAAAUUAGGAUUUUUUGCUACAAUUGUAUGGAAAAUUUGUGGAUAUAGAUCACCACCAAAAAAUUCAACAACACCAGAAGUUGAUGUAGAAGGAAAAAAAGUAACUAAUGAAGGUGCACCACUUUUAAAUAAUCAUCAAGAUGGUUCAAGAGUUAAUCUUUAUGAACAACAUAGAAAAAGAACCGAUACUAUGGGAAGUGUAUCAUCACAAAAACAUUUACAUAAACUUACUGCUAGAAGUCUUAAUCAAUCAUUAAAUAAACUUCAUCAAACAGGAUUAUCUCGAGCCUCCUCACAAUUGUCUGUUGCUCUUAGUCAUGUUGAGGCAAAUGAAUUAAAAAAACCCCUCUCCAGACAAGAUAUCUUCCUUCAAGGAUCAAUUCAAAAUUUAAAAGAAUUUGCCGAUGAAGGAAAAAGUAUGAAAGCUUACCGUCAAUCACAUCUAUCAAUAUCUGGUGCUGUUGUUGCUGAAGAAUUAAAAAAUGCCGUUGAAGGUGAAAAAGGGUUAAAUAAAGAGUUAGCUGUUAGUAAAGAAUCAAUUCAAUCAAUUAUAGAUGAUCUUGGAGGUGUUGAGGAUACCUCUAAAUGUAAAUGUAUUCCUUUAGCUGUACGUAAUAUGUUUCAUUCAAUGAUUGAUGUUGAAUUAUUAAAAGUACCAGAUAUGAUAUUAAUUGCUAUUUCUAAUCUUCUUGGUAUGCUUGCUUUUUAUAUUCCAUAUUUUUUUAUCAAAGAUUUUGCUGUAUCAAGUGGUAUGUCACCAUCUGAUGGAACAUUUUUAGUAUCAUUAAUGAAUAUACUUAAUACAAUUGGUAGGGUAUUUAUUGGUUGGUUUGCUGAUAAAAAUAUUAUUUCUGCCUUAAAUCUUACAAAUAUCUCUUUAAUUGGAUCUGGUGGUAUACUUUUUGCUGUACCAUUUAUAUGUACAACUUAUUAUAAUAGUGCUAUACUUUGGGGUGUUUAUGGUUUUGUAUCAGCACCAUAUAUAUGUUUAACAUCAAUUGUUUUGGCUGAUUUGUUAGGUGUUGAAAAAUUGUCAAAUUCUUUUGGUUUAUUAACUGUUGCCAGAGGAAUAGCAUGUAUUAUUGGUACACCAGUAGCAGGAUUUUUUUAUGAUCUUACCAAAGAUUAUGGUAUAUGUUUUUAUAUUGGUGGUAGUUUCUUUGUCUUAGCUGGUAUUGUAUCAUGUCUUAUUCUUUGUGUCAAAAGAGAUGAUAAAAAAAAAAAUUCAACAAUGGAAAAUAGUGAUAAGAGACAAAUAAUAAAAGAAUAA